AUGAAUGCGAGUUGGCCAGAGGUGCUAGGACGACAGGAGGACAAGAAUCUACAAGGCAUCACCAUGGUCCAUAUACAAGCCGUCGUUAUUCUCGCUGUAGUUGGAACAGCCCUGUGUCUACCCCAAAGGUUCGUCCCCACACUCUCGAGGAGUUACGAUUCCGAUCCGUCCGGAGUGUAUAGAUCAAGUUUCCAGACCGGGGAUGGAGCCCUAGUCCAGGAGAGCGGGUUCCUCAGACCAACCAAUGACCGCACCGGAGUCGUCGUAGGCAAGUCGGGGAGCUUCGCCUACACUUCACCCGAGGGUAAACCAGUCAGUGUCUCCUACACAGCUGACGAAUACGGCUUCCACCCCGUCGGUGACGUCCUCCCUGUCGCACCCCCGGCAAACCCACCCAGCCAGCAGACCUUCUAAAUCUUUAUUGUUUUGUUAAGUUUGUAAAAUAAAAUGUCUUAAGUA